AUGGAGCCCAAAUUCAAUACGAGCUUGCGUCCUAGCAAUUCAACCCCCUCGUUGAAAGCUGCGAGAACCCGCCCAAUAUCUGUUCGUUCUACAGGGUCUAGAUCAUACCGUCAUACAUUGUUGAAAUCGGAGGAUUCAACAGACCAAUUGAUCAGGGACUUGCCGAUACCUCCAGUCUUAACACAGGGACCGCCAGAGCUUACAGAGAGAGAUGCAGUCGUGACGCAUAGGCUCUCUCGUGUAUCCAUACCUAUACCUAUAAGAAAGUCUUCCAAGGCUGACCUUGAAAGCCAAAUACCGGGAACCCCUGUUCCCGACGAAACAAGACGACCAGGAAUAGUGUGCAUUGAUCCUACAAUACACCCUCCAGACAAGCACGCAGAAAUCCACCACCCUGGUUUAAUUAUAGGUGCUGACUUCUGCGAUGCUGGGCUUGCUGUUGAGCGCGAUUCUCCCAUCAGGACCCCACCAAGCAAGCCUGCUUCUGUGCGUUCUGCUCCUGUAUUAACUGGUCGGGUCCGCCGCGUUCUUUCAGGGGGUGACAUAUGCGAAGAUAUAGUUGAUGUUUCCGAGCAUAUCCACAAGAACCACAGCUCAGCUACCAAGGUUCGCCCGGCUAUUGGGUUAAUUCACCAUAACGAAAAGCACGGCGGCCACUUUCGUAUUUCGAAGGUCCAACCUGCUCGUGAAAAAGUCGAGCAAAAGAAGAUAAUCCAUCAAAGCAGGGCACACGCCCGAGCAGAUGUCACGCCAGAAGAACCGUACGUUGAGAAUAUCCACCAUGGCCAUAGUCUCGCGCCAAAAGUCCAUCUAUCCCCAGAUAAUUCUAGAGACAGUACACAUCACAGCGACCCCCACGACGGCCAUAUUUGGGUCCAGAAGGUACAGCCUUAUCAUGAAUCGGCAUCUACCGCUUUUAUAACAGAGGAAAACUCGAUUCCAAGGUUAUCCGUCAAGAAGCACGUCCAACAGGGUGAUGAUUCAGCAAAAUCUACUUCGUACUGGGGAUUCUUACCAGGAUUCAGGAAUCAAGAGGGUGAGAAGGCCGGGGUGACUGGUGAACCUGUGGAUGACUCGAUCCCUCAUGUUAGCAAUGAAAAUCAUCCUUCAUUGAGCGCUAGUCAGUACUCAGCUUCUCAAAAAAGCCUCGACACUGCCUCCAAAACCGUUGCAAGACUCACGGAAUUCAUUGGCAAUCAAGAGAUUAUCCGCCAUGCCAAUGCGAACUUGUCAUCACUUGGAAAAUUGUUUAGCCAUUCAGAGGACAGAGUUCCUCUUCGGGACAAUGGACAAGAAACGGAAAUUCAUACAGCUUCUGUUUCUCCAACUUCAUAUGCGCGUCGUCCAGGGGGUGAUGAAAAUGCUGCGGAACAAAGUAUAUUACCUGAAGGGAUUGACCCAGCGCAUGCCGCAACAUGGCUUCGUCAGUUUUUCGGACAUCCAGAGCCAAACCCUCCGAGUCUUACCCAACUACCGGAGAAAUCCCACCCUCGCCACGAGGAUCAUGACGACUAUCCCAACAACGACGACGAGGCGUUGGCUUCUAGAGCGACGAGUUUCUCAGGGAAAACUUCGAAGGAGGCUGGAAUAAUGGACACAGCUAUGCACAACCUUGAGCAACUACUUGACGAGGCACUUUUUCUCGCCAACGAAGCUACCGAAAACGACCAUUGCGGGCAUGGUGAUGACAAGGACCUCAUUUCCCGCCUACAGAAUGCAACUGAACCAUUUAACAUCCCCCACAUCUUAUCUGAUGCCAAGAAACUGCCAGAUACCAUCAUAGAUACGGCUGAAGAAAAGGCUGGUGACCUUAAGACUUCAUCCUCGAAGCCGGCAACCCAAGAAGGUCCAAUAGAACCUGACAUGCGGAACGGCAAUAUUGCGCGGUCAGAUAUAAAAAAUGGAUCGAAUAUCCGUGGCCUUCGGAAGCCUAAUGAAAGUUAUAAAGAAAGUUGCGAAGUACGCCAUCAGGUUUCCGACGGGGAGCAUAUUUUGCCUCUUCCACCACCAGGUAGUAAGCUAAAGAGACAAUAUGUAUCUCCAACUCUUCAGGCAUAUGAGGAAGAUGAUCCCACCGGGGUCAUAAGACCUCGUACUAAGGCCGUCCCCAACAGUAGAGAAGUUAGGGAGUAUAUUCGCGUAUUUCACCAGCCACCAAUCACCCCUCGUCACAGCUCCAAGAACCUUAGCGAAAACUCUCCAGGAAUGGAGCUUCAACCCCGUCGAUGGGCCACCAUUUCUGAGGGCUUCCGCAAAGAUGCAGAUGUAUACAGCUUGAAUGACGGCACAUCUGAAGAUACGAUAGACUUUUCCACCCAAUACAACAAUGAUAAACAAGGGGGGGAAAUACCAAGCAUCGAAGUGUCGACAUAUAACGGUAACCGGAAUGUGAAGGCGGCUUCCAAGAGAAUUCACGAGUUGCGCAACGUCAGCCUCCGGAGCAGGUCUCAUGUCAGUAUCAGGGAUGGACAACGAUUCAGCCUUACCAAGUCGGUGAAGCGACAGCCUAUAAUCGCUCGCGACUGGUCUCCUAUCCGUAAGAGAUUUGUCGCCUCCGUCGCGUGCAUCAGUACUGCCUUGAUUGGUAUCCUGGUAGGAAUCUAUGCAGGCUUGGUUCCGUCAAUUCAAUACUUCAUUGCAGAUUUCCACCAUUACUCAAUUAUCGGCAACGUAGUAUUAUACCUUGGAAUGGCAUUGUCGACGUUUUUUUGCUGGCCGUUGCCACUGCUACACGGCCGGAAGCCAUACAUCUUAUGCAGCCUAUCCGUAGCUCUGCCGCUUCUCUUCCCGCAAGCUGUUGCGGUUAGCAUACCCAGAUCACCGUACACGAGCGUUUGGAGAUGGGCGUUACUUCUUCCUAGAGCAAUCAUGGGAUGUGCUUUGGGUUUCGCGAGUAUGAAUUUUCAUUCGAUACUAACUGACCUCUUUGGGGCAUCCUUGAUGAGCAGCAAUCCGCACCAAGAGGUCGUCGACCAAUACGACGUAAGGAGACAUGGCGGAGGGCUCGGGAUUUGGCUGGGCGUCUGGACCUGGUGUUUCAUCGGCUCAUUAGGUAUCGGCUUUCUGAUCGGUGCCGUAGUCAUUGACACUCUAAAGCCAUCGUGGGGACUUUACAUUAGCAUCAUGCUAAUUGCACUCGUUCUCCUUCUUAACGUCCUACGCUCCGUCGCCGAGGUCAGGACCCCUGUAGGAAUAUCCCGAAGAGUAGCUCGCGGGGAGAUUAUGAUGCAUCGAGUCAAAGAUGGUCCCAAAUGGUGGGGACAGGAGAUGUAUCACGGGGUCGCUCUAUCUCUUGAAAUGCUUCGUCAACCGGGCUUCAGUAUUAUGGCCAUAUAUUCCGCGUGGAUAUAUGCUCAAGUCGUUUUAAUCAUCGUUCUCCUAGGGUCCUUGUCGUCUAGACACUACCAUUUCCGAUCUCCGUACGUAGGUGCCGCGGUCUCUUCCAUCGCCAUCGGAGCGCUUGCAGCAGUGCCGUUCCAAAUGGCAAAUCUCUUUUCACGGUCACGAUGGACAGGUCCGCCAACAAACAGUAUGACCUUCGAGAAGUCGGUAACUUGGACCUCCCACCUCGUUCGGCGCUCUAUUUUCAUUAUCGUACUCCCGAUUGCCGGAAUUCUAUACACUGUAGUGUCAUCUGGCCCGCCUGUCCAUGUCACAUGGGAUUGCUCUGACUUUCAGCCGGGCAUGACGGGUCGGUCUAGAUCAAGCAAAGAUAGUACCAAACGGACCAAUUACUCAUCUUUUCCCCGAGUUACUGCUGGAUGGAACAUCAUUCACAGCAUCGGCUUUAUUCUUGCCGCGGGAGCAACCGGUAUCGGUGGCAUAGUCACACGGAAUCUAGGGCAGAGGGCUGCAACGGGUAUUGUCGCAUCCAUCUUGUUCAUACACUCUCUCCUACUACUGGCCGUGUUUGCUCGUUUUCGCAGGAUACAAAUCAUACCCAACUCAAAGAGCCUCGAGAUGGAAAGAUGGACUGAAGAACGUCGACAUAGUCUGGCUCGACAUGCCUCAGCAGUAGCCGCUGCUAAAGCUAAUGGUCUUAAAGAUGUCACCGAGAUCCCCGAAGAAGACAAAUUCCGUCGUAUGAAUAUCCUCGAGCUGGGUUCCUUGACUCGCUGGAGCGAAAUCCGCAAGAAGAACCGAUUGAUCGACGAAGGCGUUCAUCUCAAUCGUCAAACAGUGAACUUAGCGCGCGACGAAAUUGACCGGAAACGCCACGAAAUUAUAGGUGACGUCCACCGGGGUGCAGAAGUCGUUGGGGACCUCGUCCGCAAAGUAAGCAAGAGGAGCAAACGCAGUCACGACAGUAAUCACGAUAACACUUCCCGAGAUGAUUCGGAUGACAUGGGUCCGUUAGGCCCAGCAGGGGCCGGACUUGAACAUGAGCAUUCCUCGUUACCCCGUGAGGUUUAUGCCGAGCGCGAAUGCGUCAUGGGCCAGGCCGUGCCAGAGGAAGCGGAGGUUUCACCGAUAGACGACGCAUCGGACGACAACUCGGGCGAUGAACAUGAAUGGAUACAAAUGGAAGAUCAUUCAUCUCAUAUGACCUCCAAGGUUCAGCCAUAUACUGACUUCAAAAGACAAAAAUUGCAAGGCGGCCAACCUAACACGGGGGAUUAUGUGAUCGACAUGGAUACCAUCCAAGGUGAACAUACCUCGCAUAGCGAAUCAAAGGUCAAGCCCGCUGAGCUAGGCGGUUCAGAGCAACAUGGCAUCUUCAAUCCCGAACCUAUUAUCACCUAA